AUGAGCAGCGAGGACUAUGGGUAUGAUUACGACUUGUUAUUUAAAAUUGUGCUGAUUGGCGAUUCCGGAGUAGGGAAAUCCAAUCUAUUGUCAAGAUUUACGAAGAACGAAUUCAACAUGGAUUCCAAGUCCACCAUUGGGGUCGAGUUUGCCACCAGGACUCUGGAGAUCGAUGGCAAGAGGAUCAAGGCGCAGAUCUGGGAUACUGCGGGCCAGGAACGUUACAGAGCCAUUACUUCUGCUUAUUAUAGAGGGGCUGUCGGUGCCUUGAUCGUAUACGAUAUCAGUAAAUCAAGCUCAUACGAGAACUGUAACCACUGGUUAUCGGAGCUUAGGGAAAACGCAGAUGACAACGUUGCGGUUGGUCUUAUUGGGAACAAGUCUGAUUUGGCCCAUUUACGUGCUGUACCCACAGAAGAGUCUAAGACAUUUGCUCAAGAAAACCAGUUAUUAUUUACAGAAACAAGUGCUUUGAACAGUGAGAAUGUGGAUAAGGCCUUUGAAGAGCUGAUUAAUACUAUUUACCAAAAGGUCAGUAAGCACCAAAUGGAUCUCGCAGAUUCUGGUGUUACCGGAAAUGCCAAUGGCGCAUCUGCUCCAAAUGGUCCAACAAUUAGUUUGACACCAACUCCAAACGAAAACAAAAAAAACAGCGGGAAUAACUGUUGUUAA